GCGGGAUAGCCCCUCCCUCUCCUCGAAGAAGAACCCACCCCCUAACUGAUAAAUUAGGAGGAGUACCUCCCCUCGGUGUCUUUUUUGGGUUCUUCCCUCUCCUGGCUCCUGAAUUCAGGAGCCAAAAUUUUGAAUUUUCAAGGGAAGAAGCAGGGGCUGCUGUUAGCGUCCCAGAGAAGAGGGUUUUUUAUAUAUUUAUUUCCCUCGGCAGCCUUACCUCAGGUGGUGAUCCUUGACGGGACCCAGUGGCUGAUUCUCCCUGUGCCUGUGCCUACCCGGCCUGCCUCACCAAGGGCGUCCGGCGGCUUGGGGACUGUAUCCUCUCCAGUCCAUCCUAUUUUUAGGCUACAGGAGGGGUGGCAGCAGUUAGAUAGGGCCUACGGCACCUUCGGCGCGGCGGAAGCAGUCGGACAACGGGAAGCGCCAUGUUCGCGCUGCACGCGAGACCUAGGGGCGGCGCUAAGCGCGGGUCAGCCGGAAGCUCCGACGGAGCAGGGACAACGGCCCGCAUUUGCCAUACUUCCGCAUAGCAAGCUCUAUGGACGAGCCUGCCGCGCGGGGAGGAACAGGAACUGGAGGGCUUAUUUAAAGCAGGGCCUUCCUCUCUUACCUCGUGGCUGCCUGUUCUCGUGUGGAUCAGCUCUGGGUGCCGACUAGGUAGGUUAGGGGAAUGAGAAAGGGGUAAUCCUGCUACAGAGGCCUUAGGUUUCUGAUUUUCGUAUUAAUUAUUUUUUGCAGGCUGCUUUUGCCCCCUGUCUUGUUCCAGCUGCCACCCCAAACAAGUCUUCUUUCCUUGGUUGAGUGUCAUGAGGCCAUCCAGAUCAAGAGAGAGAUCAAGGGAGAUCUCAGAACAAAGAGAGGAUCCUCAGCUGGCUCCUGCUACCAAAUGCAUGGGAUGCAAUGAGCCACCAUUACCCGACAAGAAACUGUGUCAAGCAUGCCUUAUAACUGCUUCAGGUGUCGAGGCAAAUUCAAACAUGGGAAUCCUAGCCUGGAUAAAGGAAGCAGUGGCAAAGGAGAUUAGUGUGGCCACAGCCUCUACUUCUAGAAGUCCGCAGUUGGAUUUUGACCCAGAUCCAGAGGACACCUUUGCAACCAGAGCAUCAGAAGACCGGGGUUCAUCUACAGAUGAGGGAGAGGAAGUUCAGUCUUCAUUUGAUUUUGCCCUUAUUCAGCCUCUUAUAAAAGCGGUAAGGGCUUCUUUGGUCUUAGAGGACGAAAGCCAGGCCUCAACAUCAUCAUCCUUUCUGCCAUGUUCUAAGCCUAAAGGACAGACGUUUCCAUUACAUCAAGAAGUGAUGGACCUAAUCAAAGCGGAAUGGGACAUUCCAUCAAAGCGCAGUAAUAUGCUAGCUAGAGGGAAUAAGUUAUAUCCUUUUAAAGAUGAUGAGGUAAAGGACUUUAGUACCUUACCUAAAGUGGAUGCUCCAGUUUUAAACAUAUCCAAAAGUACUUUAUUACCCAUUGAGGAUCAAGCAACUUUGAAGGAUCCAAUGGAUAAGCAUCUGGAGUUAGACCUAAAAAGACUUUUUACCACAGCAGGAGAAAGUCUCAAGCCAGCAAUUGCAAACCUCUCAGUAGCUAAAGCCUUGGAGGUGUGGUUGGCCAAUGUAGAUGUAGCCCUGAGAGAAGGUCGGGAUAGAACAGAAAUUCUGGAAGGCCUAAAGGAGUUAAAGCUGGGCUCGGCCUUUUUAGUUAAUUCUUCAGUGGAUCAGAUCCGAUUGGCUUCCAAAAGCUUGUCCUUAUCUGUAGCCGCGAGAAGGGCCUUAUGGCUUAGAGCCUGGGAGGCAGACUCAGCCUCUAAAGUGGCUCUAUGUUCUCUACCGUUUCAAGGUCAAGUCUUAUUUGGGAAAAAGAUGGAGGAUUUGAUCUCUAAGGCAUCGGGGGGCAAAAGUCAAUUGCUUCCCCAGAAAAAGAAACGCCAGAUGGGAAGGCCAUCUUUCAGAGGGAAAGCCUCUCCUAGAUCAAGAUUUGUACCAUAUGAUCGCAGGCCUUUUCGUGCGGGAAGAGAAACUUCGAAACAAGACAGCUGGAAGGCAGGUCAGUCAGGUUUCUUUCGCAUGUCCAAAGGAAAGGCGGGAGAAAACAGCCGUAAACAAUUAUGA